AUGUAUUUUGAAGUUUCAACGACAAAUGAGCCUGUGACAUUUCCUAUAACAUUUGAAUCGACUACUGUCACAGACGAACUGACAACGGAACAACAAUACACCACAAUGAGUCAAUCUAUGACAACAAAUAUAUUCGAAACAUCUACGGAACAAUAUGCAACAACAGCUGAAGAAUCUACAACACAAAAUGACGCAACAACACAAAAUUACGCCACAACUCAAGAAUUUACUACACAAAAUGAACUUACAACAAGUGAAAAAUCAACAUUUCAGCAGGUUACAACAGGCGAAGAAUCAACCACAAAAGAGUCACCAACAACACAAAAUGAAGCUACAAUUCGUGAUGAAUUAACAACAAAAAAUGAAGCUACAACUCAAGAGGACCAAACAACACAUUAUGAAUCGACAACAUCAGAAAAAUCAACAGCACGAUUUGAAGCAACAACAAGGGAGGAUACAACAACACAAGCCGAAAUAACAACAAGAGAUGAGACAACAACAACAUAUGGAAUAACAACAAGAGAUGAAACAACCACACAAAAUAUAUUAGACCCACUAGUAUCCACAAGCAAUGAUGUAACUCUGAAAAUAACUGCAGCCAAUACUAUAUAUAGAAGCACAAGUAGUUUAGAGGCGCAAACCACAGAAGCAACGACAGCAUUGGCUGAAACAACAAUUGAAACUACUACAGCAGACAAAAUGACAACAGAAACAACAAACAACAAAGUAUUCACAACAGAGACGACAGCGGUCACAACUACUAGUCACGACACUACAAUGACAGAAGAAACAACAACCAGUGAAAGAACAACUAAAUAUGAUGCAACGACACUUGGUAUGAAAACGAAAGAAUCUACUAUUGAGGAUACCACUACUACUCAUUUAGUGUCAACGUUACCAGUGACUUCGGAACCUACGUUGCCUAUGACAUCUAUGUCGACGCCAUCUGAUAACUCCUCCUCCGUAGACGCAAUCCGGGUUGCACCUACAUCUAAUAAUAACACAGGAGCUAUAGUAGGUGGUAUUAUUGGUGCUAUGGUCGCCAUUGCAGCAUCUAUUUUUGUUUUAAAAUAUUUAUUGGCCAGACAAAAGAGUGGAAAAUUUGGAUCAGACAAUAAAAUAGCACCGACGGAAACAAAUGAAGCAUCAGGAAGCAUGGCACCCUCGUCUACACAACAAGUUGUUUAA